AAGGACCUCUUCUUCGACCACUAACCUCUGAUCAUACAGCCAUCAUGGGUCGUGGACCAAAGAAGCAUCAGAAGCGCCUUAGCGCGCCCUCGCACUGGCUCCUUGACAAGCUCUCUGGCGCCUAUGCUCCGAAGGCCUCUCCCGGUCCGCACAAGACCCGCGACUCGCUGCCCUUGGUCAUCUUCCUCCGAAACCGCCUAAAGUAUGCGCUCAACAACCGCGAGACCAGGGCCAUUCUCAUGCAGCGCCUCGUCAAGGUCGACGGCAAGGUCCGCACCGACCACACGUAUCCCGCCGGUCUCAUGGACGUCAUUUCUCUCGAGAAGACUGGCGAGAACUUCCGCUUGGUGUUUGACACCAAAGGCCGCUACACGGUACAUAGGAUAACUGGGGAGGAGGCACAAUACAAGCUGGGCAAGAUCAAGCGCGUUCAGCUCGGCCGGGGCGGAAUUCCCUACUGUGUUACGCAUGAUGCGCGAACGAUCCGCUACCCCGAUCCUGCCAUCAAGGUCAACGAUACGGUCAAGAUCGACCUCGCGACCGGCAAGAUCACCGACUUCAUCAAGUUCGACACUGGUGUCAUCGCUAUGGUCACUGGCGGUCGCAACAUGGGCCGUGUUGGUGUCAUCACUCACCGUGAGCGUCACGACGGAGGUUUCAACGUCGUCCAUGUCAAGGACGCUGUCGACAACGAAUUCUCCACCCGUGAGAGCAAUAUCUUCGUCAUUGGCCGUGAGAAGCCGUGGAUCAGCCUGCCGAAGGGCAAGGGUGUCAAGCUCACCAUUGCUGAGGAGCGUGACCGCCGCCGGGCACAUGCUCUUGCUGGUCACUAAGCGUGGAAGGAGGGCGGAUGAUAUAAGGUUCAUAUGGGCGAGUCAAGGUUGGCUGCCAAGCCUCUGAUUCCAAAACAGGCGUUAGUCUUGCGUGGGGAGGCUUAGGGGUCUAGGUCACUCUGCAUAUCAAUGAACAUCGAAAAGAG